AUGUCGAUAAAGAUUGAUUGCCUCAUUGUUUUGGGAGAACAACAGUCCGAUAAUGAGAAAAAUAUAGAUGAGGGUGAUGGUGGAAAACCUAUGCUCUCAGUGGUUAAUGCAAUGGAACAGGAGGAGAGCGAUGCGGUUAGCGGUGGACCGUUGUCUUGUGGUCAAUGUGUGGGCAACAGAGAACGGUGAGCGCAAUGUUUCAAUCGUGUUUUCCGAUCAGUCAUCAGUGAUGCUUUGAAGAGAUUCUGUGAAGAUUUGUUGUUGGUGUUUGACUGAGUUCGUGUUUCCUUUGGUGAACCAGAGUGGAUCUCUUCUUGAUCGAUUAAUCUCAGUUAUGUUCUGAAAUAACUCUCUAGAAAUCGGAUUUGGUCACCAUUUAACUCUAGAGGGAACGGAAUAACGAGAGUCGAUCUAUAAAAUUGAUUGUUCUUCAAGGUUUCCAAUCGGACCUCUGUAAGAGUAUCUUGUUCCCUUCUACAGCUUAUUCUUAGUAUAGUUGUGGGAGAUCCUGGUGUCUUGAGUACACCUGUUAUUUUUUAUUUUGUUCUUUCUGUUUUGACGGUCCUGGAUCCCAACAUACUGUGGAUAUCAUCUGGACUUAGUCAUUGCAGUUAUCUGUGUUUUUUUUUCUUGAUCUGUUUGUUUAGUUGUUUAUUAUGGCUGGUCCAACUAAUGAGUCUUCUAAUGGUAGUAAAAAUGAUUCAGUUGUUAAUAUAAAUGAUCCCCUUUAUGUGCAUCCUUCUGAUAAUGCAGUUACUAGUGUCAUUAACUUCAAACUGUUAGGAACUGGGAAUUAUAGAGUUUGGCGUAGUUCCAUGAUUAGAGCUUUAAAAGCUCGAAACAAACUCGGUUUUACCGAUGGAACUGCGACCAAACCUGUUAAUGAUCCCGUUAAAGCAUCCAAAUGGGAACGGGCUAAUGAUGUUACCUGUUCUUGGAUUCUUGGGUCUAUUUCUGAAAAUAUAUAUGCUAAUCAUGCUUGUUCUGAGAGUGCUCAAGAAGUCUGGACAAAGUUAUUUGAAACUUAUCAUAAAACUGAUGGGUCUGUCAUUUUUAAUGUACAUCACAAAAUUAACUCUUUUGUUCAGGGCAGUUUGUCUUUGUCAGAUUACUUUAAUAAACUGGAUUUUUAUUGGAAAUAAUUUGAUGGAUUAACUAAUAUAACUGAUUGCACAUGUGAAGCCUUUGCUAGUUUUAAUAGUCAUUCAAAAUUAAUGAAGCUUAUGCAGUUUUUAAGUGGCUUAGAUGAGUCCUACAAUCAAGUUAAGAGUCACAUUUUAUUAAUGGAUCCUCUUCCAUCUGUUAAAACUGCCUUCUCUUUGGUGUCUCGUGAAGAGUCUAAUAAAAAACAUGGGUCAAAUCUAUUAACUUCUAAUAGUAAGAACACUUCUUAAGGGCCCAGUUCCUCAAUGUAAGAAUUGUGGUUUAAAGGGCCAUUCUAUAGAAAAAAUGUUUUAAAAUAAUUGGAUAUCCCAAAGAUUAUAAACCAAGGUCUGAGUUUAAUAAUUAGUCAAAAGAUUUUUCUGGUAAUAGUUGUUCUGAUCUUAAAUCUGGUUUUAAAUCCGAGUCUUCUGGUUCUUCUGAUUGUCAUUAUCUAACAAGUGAACAGUAUGCUAAGUUCCUUAGUCUCAUUGGUGACAAUAAGCAAGGAUUGGAUGAGUCGUCUGUUAAUGCCAAUAUGGCAGGUAUUUCAUGAAAUUCUUUUUUAAAUUCCAAUCUUUCGAAAUGGGUUGUUGACUCAGGAGCUAGUCAGCACAUGAUUACUUCUGAGUCAUUACUUCAUGAUUCAAUUGAUGUUUCAAAAUUAAGUGAUUCUUUGAUAACUUUUGGUUUUAAACAGAGUCUUAAUGAUUAUUCUAUGUUUGUUAAAAGUAUUAGAAAUUCAGUGGUUAUUUUGUUAGUAUAUGUUGAUGAUAUUAUAAUUAGUGGAAAUAGUGAAUUUGAAGUUAAUAAAGUAAAAGAUUUUCUUAAAACCCAGUUUCUUAUAAAAGAUUUAGUAAAACUGAAAUAUUUUUUAGGUAUUGAAGUUGUAGAAGUUCCUAAUGGGGUCUGUUUGUCUCAAAGAAAAUAUUGUUUGGAGUUGCUUCAUGAAUUUGGAAUGUUGGGAUGUAAACCUGUGAGGACUCCUCUUGAGUUAAAUAGUGUUAUCAGUGAUCAUAAUAGUGUUUUGCUUGAAAAUGUUACAAAAUUUCAGAAAGUUAUUGGAAAGCUUAUCUAUUUGACUACUACCAGACCAGAUAUUGCUUAUUAUGUUCAGGUAUUAAGUCAAUAUAUAUGCAUAAGCCUAACAAGUGUCACUUGCAAAUUGCUUUGAGAUUGUUAAGAUAUCUUAAACAUAAUCCAGGAAUGGGUGUUUCAUAUGUUAAGUUUGCGUCUGAUUCUCUUCUUCUGAGGGGUUUUUCAGAUGCAUAUUAGGCUAAGAGUUUGUUUUCUCGAAAAUCUGUUAGUGGUUAUGUUGUUUAUUUUGGUAGUUCUCCAAUCUCAUGGAGAAGUAAAAAACAGUCUACAAUUUCUCGGUCUUCUACUGAAUCUGAAUACAGGGCUCUUGGAACACUUUCGUGUGAGUUAAUAUGGGUUUUGAAAGUAUUGUGUGAUAUAGGAUUAAAAAAUAUGAUUCCUGUGAAUAUUUUUUGUGAUAAUGAAUCAGCAAUUAAAAUUGCUCUUAAUCCUGUUUUUCAUGAUAAGAUAAAGCAUUUUGAAAUAGAUGUUUAUUUUAUAAGAGAAAAAAUUUCAAAAGGUGUUAUAAAAUUGGUUAAGAUUAGUUCUGCUAACCAGGUUGCUGAUAUUUUAACUAAAUCUCUUUCUUCAUAUCAGCAUGAUAUUUUGUGUAAAAGUUGUGUUUAUUUGAUCCUUUUUCAGUUUAAUUGUGUUUCUAAAUAUGAUGUUUUUUUCAAAAUGGUUAGUUUGAGAGGGGGUGUUAAAAUUAAUAAGAUAUAUAUUGUGUCAAACUAACAUUUUGAAGUUAAGGGUGUAUAUUGUUUACUUGUUUGUUUUGAAGGGUGCAGGUUGUAAGUUGUUGUUUCUCAGAUGGGUUUGUACGCGAAUCUCUUUGGGUUAUUCUUGACCCGACUAUAUAUUGAGUUAUCUCAUGUUGCAGCUUCAUUCUUUUACGUGUAGAUAUUUUUCACAGAGCUUAUUUUUCCUCUCUUGUACACACAGUUCUUAAUAGUUCGGGUUUUCUGUAUUGACC